AUGAGUAUUACUUUCAGGGUAUCGGCGGAGUGUAGAAGCAGAACCACCAUAACAAGCCAUAGCCGAAGUAACGUUGGCUCAGCUCUUUAUGAGCGUGAGUACAUCACAACACGACAACAUCGUUAUCUUCGACGUAAUGGCAUUAUACUACACAGAGCUAUGGAUUCGAUGCGAUGUGAUCGUAAUUCAACAAACUACGAAGUUUCAGACGAUCAGUCAGAUAAAAGACCAGCGGAAAGAGGAACGGGGAAUGAGUAUUAUGUACAUUAUGAAGGGACCGAUCGACGUCUUGAUGAAUGGGCUCAACGUAGUCAGAUUCAAAAAAUUCUUGUCCAAAGAAAUACAUUAAUUGAUGAUGAUCGCAGAAAAAUAACAAGAGUGCGGAAGAGGACGCAUAUCGAUAUGAUCGAAUCUCCUAAUUCACAUUCCAGUAUAGACGAUGAAAGAACAGCACUGGAGAAAGAACACGAACAGGUUACUAGAGUGAAGCAUAUUGAACGCAUCAGAUACGGGAACUAUGAAAUCGACACGUGGUAUUUUUCGCCUUAUCCGGAUGAUUAUGGAAAAACACACAGCCUUUACAUAUGCCAGUACUGUAUGCGAUAUAUGAAGUUUGAACGAAGCUAUCGUAUUCAUCUACAUGAAUGUCGAAGAAAGGAACCACCAGGCAUUGAAAUUUACAAAGAAAAAUCAAUGUCCGUAUAUGAGGUCCUGGGUAGUAACGACAAGGUUUAUUGUCAGUGCUUGUGUCUUCUUGCGAAAUUGUUUCUGGAUCACAAAACGCUUUAUUUCGAUGUUGAACCUUUCCUAUUCUACGUACUCUGUGAGGUCGACAGUCGGGGUGCUCAGAUGGUAGGUUAUUUUUCGAAGGAGCAAGGUAAUCCUGAUGGAAAUAACCUUGCCUGCAUUUGUAUACUUCCUCCUUUUCAGCGAAGCGGUUAUGGAAAGUUUCUUAUCCAGCUGAGCUAUGAAAUUUCGAAACGAGAAGGCUUAAUUGGUUCACCUGAAAAGCCAUUAAGCGAUUUGGGCAAAUUGAGUUACCGGUCUUAUUGGUCGUGGGCAGUUCUGGAAGUAUUAAGAACCUGUUCAAAAAUUUCGAUAACAGAUUUAAGCCGAAGAACAGCUAUUCAUGUCAAUGACAUUAUUGAAACGCUUCACUCUCUGAAAUUGACGCGCUACUGGAAAGGUGACCAUGUAUUAUAUGUCACGCAACGAUUUCUGUUACACUGCUGGAAAACAGGUGUUGCGAAAAAGCCGCGUCUGUUGUUACGACCUCGACUUUUACGAUGGCAACCACGAUAG